AGAAACUUGAGUCGCCACCUUCCAUCAUGGCGGCGGUGUGCGAGGGCCUUCUGGCCAAGCUGAACGAGCUCAUGGACUUCCUGCGCUUUGCUAAGCUCCCAGAUGCGGAGUUCCGUGGCGUCGUAACAUUCAUGUUCCGAGCCUCUCCAGACGACAAGGACACUUUUGCGUGCAUGAGAACUAUUGAUAUGCGUCGUGAUCUGGAGGUGGACAACACGACGUUGCAUCCUCAAGACCCUUUCCUACCUGAAGUAGCGGUAGUGUAUGUGAGUCUAGCGGACUUUUUGUACAUGUACUCGGGCGAGGCAACAGCCACAGAGAUUGCCGGGAUGGUAAUGUCCGGUCGAGUGUCGGUGCCCUGGAGUAGUUACGGCAAAUUGAAGGCGUUUGCCGAGUGUUUCGACUUUUCGACGGAGAAAUGGGACGCCUACUAUGCAGACCUCAAGGCUCGUGGUGUCGUGGUCGAGAUCCCACAGUGUACACAGGCGUGCUGCAAGCAGAGCACCAAAGAGGAUAUUGAGGCCAAUUGGCUGUUAGUAUCGGAUGCUACGACCACGAGUGGAGGAGACUGGGAGGUCGUGUCGGAUCUGCAGUGUCUAAAUGUAUCAAAGGAGAAGCGAGAGGAGAUGGAGAAGGUGUUCGAUUUCACGCCAUUGGAAGAAUGGCUGGCCAAGCUGUGGAACGGCAACGGAGCUCGACCGGGAGACGAACGACCCGCCAGGUCGCUCCAAUCGAACGUGAAGAACUCACUCAGCGACCUCAAAUCGAUGGCGGGGAGACUUUUCGUAUCGCUAGAGGCGUAG